GAUAUUCAGCAAGGACCCAUCUCUACGCCCCACCCCUGCUGCAGGGUUGAGCUUGUUGUCAAACAUUUUAAUUUUAUAUGUUGGUCUGGAAUUUGUGAAGAUCAGUAACUAUGCCGUUGUUUGAGGGUCUUGGGAGUGGAGGGGAGAAAACUGCAGUAGUUAUUGAUUUAGGAGCAGCCUACACAAAGUGUGGAUUUGCCGGAGAGACAGGACCCCGAUGUAUCAUUCCCAGUGAGAUCCAGAGGCCAGGGCUCCAACAGCCCGUCCGAGUGGUUCAAUUCAAUAUCAACACAGAAGAGCUCUUCUCCAAUCUUAAGGAAUUUAUCCACAUGCUGUACUUCAGACACCUGCUUGUGAAUCCACGGGACCGGCGUGUGGUCAUCAUUGAGUCCAUCCUCUGCCCUUCACACUUCAGAGAGACCCUCACCAAGGUCUUCUUCAAGCACUUUGAGGUUCCCUCAGUGCUCUUCGCCCCCAGCCACCUCAUGUCCGUUAUGACCCUAGGCAUCAACUCUGCGCUCGUGAUGGAUUGUGGGUACACGGAGACCUUGGUCCUGCCCGUGUACGAGGGAAUCCCCAUCCUCUCUGCCUGGGAGGCCCUACCUUUGGCGGGGAAAGCGAUUCACAAAGAGCUGGAGACACAGCUUGUGGAACAGUGUACAGUGGACACAGACUCCAGCACCGGUCAGAGUCUGCCUGCAGUCAUUGGAAACGUUCAAGAAGAUGUCGUGGAAGAUAUCAAAGUCAGGACCUGUUUUGUCAGUGACCUGCAGAGAGGGCUGAAGAUCCAGGAGGCCAAGUUCAACCUGGAGGGCACAGCAGAGCGUCCAGACCCGCCCCCAGAUGUGGACUAUCCAUUAGACGGAGAGAAGAUCCUCCACAUCAAGGGUUCGAUCAGGGACUCUGUCAUUGAGAUGCUGUUUGAGCAGGACAAUGAGGAGAAGUCAGUGGCAACCCUAAUGCUGGACGCUCUGGUCAAGUGCCCGAUCGACACCCGUAAGACCCUGUCGGAGAACCUGGUGGUGAUCGGGGGCACGGCCAUGCUGCCGGGCUUCAUGCACCGCCUGCUGGCCGAGAUACGCCACCUGGCGGAGAAGCCGCGGUACCAGCAGGCCCUGUCCACCAAGACCUUCCGCGUGCACAGCCCGCCCGCCAAGCCCAACUGCACCGCCUGGCUGGGAGGUGCAAUAUUCGGGGCCCUGCAGGACAUCCUGGGGAGCCGGUCGGUGUCCCGAGACUACUACAAUCAGACGGGCCGCAUCCCGGACUGGUGCAGCCUGAGCGCGCCGCCCCCGGAGUCCUUGUACGACGCCGGCAAGACCCCGCCCCCGCUCAUGAAGAGAGCUUUCUCCACAGAGAAGUGAACCCCCCCAUACAUAUGCACACAGCCUCAACUUACAGCUUUUCCACUGACCUUUGCACUUUCUGCUCCGCCCCCUGCCCACCGUCCCCGCGGCUGCGGUGAAACUGACGUAUGCCCCUCCCACCUACUCGGGCCUAAGCUGUUUCUCCUCCUCCAGAAACGCCCAUUCCCAGAGCCCCUCCUUCAACCUCACCCCUAUCUGAGAGACCCCUCCCCAAGUUCCUCAGACCUACCCAGAUAUACUUCUGUUUCUCUAACCCCUUCUCCAGCCACACUCCUAUUGGUCACCUGCUCUGUCCCUCAAACUAGUUCCCGAGCUACACACACCUGUAUCUCUCAGGCCUCUCCCCCAGUCCUGCCCCCAUACCUCAGACCCUUGCAACAGCUGUCAUGCCUACAUCGCCGUACCUGUGUAACAUUGUUAUUAACACUGCUCAUUGCAAUAGGGAAGGCUACCUUCAUGACACUACCACGCAGUGUAGAGUUCCUGGUAUUUUUCUUGUGAAUGCCAUGUACAGAGCCACAACUUAAAAAAAAAAAAAAAAAAAAAAAAAAAGUUUGACUGAACCAUUAUGAGAGUCUGUUAAAGAGGUGCUGAGCCCAUAGACCCAGACCUAUUGGUGUUUGAUUUCAGAGGGUAGAAGCAGCUGUGUACAAGGGUGGUGUUGGGUUGCUGCCAUUCCCAGAGGCCUUUGAGGAAGGCAUUGAUUAAACUGUAUAAAAUAAUAAUGCAGUACAGGUGUCUGUAUGUUUCAGUAUGGGAUUCAUUGCAUUGCCUUUUCUUUAUAUUUACAGUAUGAUAUCGUUACUGAUAAAAGAAACAUAACUUGAUUUUUGCAAAGAACCAUAUUGGAUCGUUCUUUGCGUGAAAGGACCACAGAUUCACCUGUUAUUUAUUUGCUUUUAUUUACUUUCAGAAGUAAAAGGUUGAUAUGUUAAAAUCACCUCAAACCAUUAGAUUUUUUUUUAAAUGGUUCAGCAGUUUACGCACCAGUUGUCUGUCAUGCACUCAUAUUUAUGUCAUCUCUAAUAUUGAAAAAUAAAAUGCGUAAACAUUCUGA